CCAUCUCAUCCGCUUCGCAUUCUUCGUCUGACCACCUCCGCUCCUCGCUACUCAUUCCACGAUGUUUGUCGCACAUCCGCUGUCCUCGCUGCUCUUGCUGCUAUCGCGUCUGCGACGACUGUCACUGUGACGAACAACUGUGGCUACGAAGUCGACCCGGGCUUCUACCCCGCUGCGACUGCCUCCGACGGCGGGCGUAUCUGGGGCCGCACGGGCUGCGACGCAUCGGGCAACUGCCAGACCGGCGGUUGCUCCGGCGGCGAGAACUGCACUGCGCCUGCGGCAUUCACCAUCAACAGCUGGGAAAGCUUGGACUUCUUUAACCCAAGCACGACGGAUGGAUUCAACGUGGCGGUGACGAUCACUCCUGGGACUGGAUGCACUACCGGCGCCCAGGCUUGUACCGCUCAGGACGAGGGUGACGGCUGCGGCAUGACGAGCUCCUGCCCGACGGGCACCGACUACACUGUCUCGUUCUGCUAGCGCAGGUCUAAAAGUGUUGAUCCCUGUGAAGGGUAGUCCUGAAAGGCGUGCUAAACAUAGGGAUAAUCCCGGACUUUGAGACUGUUAGUCCCCGUUGUUGUACCUUACGAUUGAUCAUGUUGUAAUGGAGUACGUUGCCCUACGGAAA